AUGGGAAACUCUCUGCUGAGGAAAAACAGAUGCUGGGAUCACCAUACUGCUGAAGGGUGUUGCUGCCUUCCAUGGAAAAAAAUGCACAGUUUUGAAGAGAGAGAAGAUUCCCCAAAUAAAGAUGGAGAAAUGUCAUCUGCUCCGAUCCAGGGCAAGGCAGACCAGACCUAUGCAGGGGAGCUGUGCUAUACCCUCAUCAAUCAUAGCGCCCUCUGGAGAAGGCCAUCAGGAAGUUCUGCUGAGGAGUACUAUGAGAACAUUUCCUGCAAGGCUGAGAGACCCAGAGAGCCCUUGGAAGGACCUGAGACUGAGUACUCACUUCUUCGCAUGCCUUCCACUCCUAGGCAGCCCCCUGCCCCAGAAAAUGAAUACGAAUUUCUCAUGCCUCACACAGUUUUCUCUCACUCGCUGCAACAGCCAUGUCCACUCAUGGCUCCUUCUGAGACUCAGUUUUCCUGUUUUCGAUGA